GUCCAGAGACCACGUCUACCGUCGACAAAGGGUUUUCCCAACGACUCUGGCGUUCUGACUACCUCUUCCUCUUCCUCUUCCUCCUCCUCUUCCGCGCCCCCGACACCGCCGCCCUCACUGCCCGCCACCAUGGCCGAGCGAACCCUGCAACAGAUCCUCAGCCAGCUGCGGUCGAAUCCGAAUCUCGCCUACAGCGAGGCCGCGCCGCUCCUCUCCAAGGCCAAGAUCCUGCUCCUCCAGCUCAAAGCCGCGACUCCCGGCGCCGCCUCGGCCGCGUCCCCGCAGCAUCUCGCUCUGGCCUGCAGCAUCUACGAGCAAGGGGCGCUCUUUGCCAUCCGCGCCCGCAACCCGGACGCCUUCACGCGGUACGUUGAGCAGCUGCAGCCGUUCUACGAGCUGCCGCCCUCGGUGCUGCCUGCGUCCGCCGCCGCCGCCGAGCAGCGCGGCAAGGUUACCGGCCUCUACCUCCUCCUGCUCCUCACCCAGGGCCGCUACGCCGAGUUCCACUCCGAGCUCGAGACGCUUGGCACCCGCGAGGCCGGCCGCGCCGGCGCCCAUGAUAUCGAGGGCGACCGCUUCCUCGGCUACCCCAUCCACCUCGAGCGCUGGCUCAUGGAGGGCUCUUACGACCGCGUCUGGAAGGCCAUGAAGAGCCGCGAGGUGCCCAGCGAAGAGUACGGCGUUUUCUCCGAGAUCCUAACAUCCCAGAUCCGCUCCGAGAUCGCCUCCAGCAGCGAGCGCGCCUACCCUUCCCUGCCGCUCAGCAGUACCAAAUCGCUGCUCUUCCUCGACUCCGAGGGCGCCGUCAUCGAUUUCGCCCGCCAGCGCGGCUGGACCAUCAGAGACGGCCACAUCUACUUCCCCUCCAGCACUGCCGCCGCCACCACCUCGGCAUCGGCAGCGGGCGCCGCGGACGGCGCCGAGGAGCCCGAGGAGAAGGAGCUCAGCCGCAUGGUCAUCGAGAACACCCUCGGUUAUGCGCGCGAGCUCGAGACCAUCGUCUAGUUCCCACGGAAAUCUCUUGGAUGGGGAAAGUGAACAGGGGGACGAACGAAUGGCAUACUGCGAACAUUCAUAGUGCCCGGAAGUCGGGUCUAGCCCGGCUCGGUCGGUACCGGGACCGGGGGCUCAAGCUCGGCGGAGCAUGGGCGAGGGCGCACAGGAGAAGGGAGGCGAAGGAAGCAGUCGUAGGAUACAGAACCCCUUUUUAACGGUAGCAGAUGAGGCCUCUUCUACUCAUACCUUCGACAAAUCCGCCUUGCCAGGCUUGAUCGGUGGGACGUUGCAUCCGAGGGGACC